CACUUGCGUAUCAACGAAAAAUUUUCGAAGGUGUAACAUAAAACUUCUGGUAAAAAGGCCUUGGAUGUGCCAUAAUUUCCCGGCACAUCACAAGGGUUUUGUGAUAUCCAUAUCAAUUAGAACUCUAGCAUAAGAUACCCUAGCCCCAAUGGUCGUACAGUCAUCAGCAUACACCGGAGUCCCUAAACCAUUACUGAUUUUCCCCAAAGCUUUCUUUCCCAACAUAUCAAAAGAAGAUUAGGAAAUCUUACCGAUAUCGGCACUGUUCUGAGAAUUUCAUUUGCAAGUGUGAAAUUAUGUGCCCAUGCUUUCACAAUUACUGGCCUGUUGUUAAUUGUCCCUGGUUCUGUUUCUAUCCUCCGUGUUAUGAAAUCAGAUGAGAAAAUAGUCGUCAUUGUGGUAGAAGACUAGUGGUUUUUGCUCGUACUGCCCAUAACAUGCCAGAUGUCGUUCCACCGCCCCUAUUGUUGGGGAAUUACCUACCAUAUAUAGGAUUAGAGAAAAUUGCCAUUUCUCGAACUCCUCUUCCACGUCCUCUUUCUCCGGUGCCACCACCGCCUCACCUUCUUAGAUAUAAGAGCAUAAGAGAUGCUUAAACUGGAGGAGCAUGACUUUCUUGGAGAGGCUAGUUGCACAUUAUCUGAGAUUGUCACAAAGUCAAAUGGUUCCCUGACCUUAGACCUUUUGCGUGGAGAACAAUCUUCUGGUCCAACGCAUGCACAAAAAUAUGGUAACCUUACUGUUUGUGAUGAAGAAAGUGUUGCCUCAAAGACUACUGUAGAUUUGAAAUUGAGAUGUUCAGAGUUGGUGUCCAAGGAUUUUUUUCUCAAAAAGAUCCAUUUUUGGUGAUAUCUAAAACUAUAGAGAGAGGAACGGUGGUUCCAAUUUGCAAAAUACAGAAGUUAUAAAAGAUGAUCAUAGUCCAAUUUGGAAACCAGUUUCCAUAAGGAUUCAACAAGUUGGAAGUAAGG